UCCUCGUGCGAAGCAGUUUUUGGGCGAGAAGAUAGAAAUCUCUAUGUUUUUGGCGUUCCGUGGUCAAUUCGGCGUGGUGGGAUGGAGCCUGAAGUGGUAAAUUCGGAGAUGCUGUUGCCGCAGAAUUUCUCAUUUAAGAAGGUGCAGAUGGGUGAUAAAUACCCCAAAGGGCAUGCUCGAGGGCGCCACUGGAAGCACCUUAAGCAGAUCCUCCAAGCCGAGAACUUCCAAUCCUACCCUACCGACGAACCCAACUACUUAAAUAUUGAGACACCUCCUUCGAUGUAUCCAUCAAAGAAAUUCUGUGAUAUAACAGGCUUUGAGGCACCGUACAUGGAUCCUAGAACAAACCUUCGCUAUGCGAACCCAGAGGUAUUUAAGCGUGUCAGAAUGCUUCCAAAUGAGCAUAUCCAACGAUAUCUGUCGCUGAGAAACGCUGCGGUCAUACUGAGGUAGCUUCUCUCGAAGAUAGUCUUAUAUUUAGGCGUGUAUACAAAAAAUUAUCUUGUACAAGUUAUGGAAAGCUGAUGAAGGAAUUUCUCGUUGAAUUGUAUUAGUUAUCCAUUUAGAAGGGUUUAUGUCUGUUACAACGUAAUCGAAAUCUUAUAUAUGUAAUACUAUAUUUAUUAUUAAUUUGUUCAUAGUCCAAAUCUGAAAAUAUUGGCAA